AGAGACGUGGCGCCACGGGGCCAACCCGGAAUCGCCCGUCGGCGUCGGCGAGGCUUUCCGCGUUGGGCCGCGUUCUUCACUGUUCUUCACGGUCAUUGAUAGUAGUCGUCCGCGAGCAGCCGCGGGACGUGGUGAGACGUAGGUGUUGCGCGUGUGUCUCGUGGGCCGUCAGGGCCAAAAAUGGCGGAACGGAUGAAGGUGACGGCCCCGGCCACUCGGCCCGUUCCCAUGAAGCUAUUUGCCACCUGGGAGGUGGAUCGUACUCCCCCGAAUUGCAUACCCAGGCUGUGUUCCCUGACGUUAACUCGAUUAGUGAUACUCCGACCGCUCGGCUCGGAUCUAGCGUCCAUCAGCAUCGCGGUCAAGAUGCAGAGCUCCAAAAGAACUUUGCGUUCCAACGAGAUGGCUAUACCCACCGGUGGCAUACUCGACACGGAGCUGGAAUUGCAAUUUGCCCUUCAGUAUCCGCAUUUUCUCAAGAGGGACGGCAACAAACUCUUGAUAUUAUUGCAGAGGCGAAAGCGAUAUAAGAAUCGUACGAUGCUCGGAUACAAGACGCUCGCGGAAGGGAUCGUUAACAUGGCGCAAGUGCUACAAAAGCAAAUGGAUCUCGAAUUGGAACUGAUAUCGGAUAAAGCAGAGAAGUACGGUGGUCACGCGGUUCCACUGGCGCGUGUGAGCGUUGUUGCCCUAAGUUCCCAGCCGGUUGACCAUGAUAAAAGACUGACGAUUGAUCCCAACGAGAGGCUAUGUCCAGAAUUCAGCGACGAAGAGGAAGAAUUUAGCUCGGAGGGCGAGGCGGAAGGCAGCGAUAGUGAGCCUACGUUAGAAGUACAUAGGCGAAAGAGUCGUGGAAAAAUCCCACCAAAUGCCAGGCAAAGAAAUUUAAAGCAAAAGUUUAUAGCUCUGCUAAAGCGAUUUAGAGUAUCCGAGGAGUUGGAGCAUGAUCAAGAGGAAAUUGGGCAGAAACUUUCGGGCGGUGAUAUGGAAAUAGAAGAAUUAUUUGAUGAAUUAGAAGACUUGUCGGACAGUGGACCAGAAUUGGAUACCAUGUCUGUUAGUAGUACACCGAAGCCAUCGCUAAGACCAUUUUUCAGCUCUAGUCGAUCUCUCCUCGCGCCACCUCACUCUGUAGUAACCAACGAGGACACUGGAACUGUCUCAGCGACUACCACAUGUCAACAGCUCGCGGGUCAGCCGACUAAAGAGAAACAUCGUAUCGGACACACAACUCCGGAACGCGGAGUGGACAGACAGAGCGAUGAUAGUUCUCGAAGGGCCGACAGCGAUUCCCACCCUGAAAAUUGGACAGAUCACGAAGCAAACGAUCCGCCAAAUUACAUGGCGGGUUCACCACCAAAGUCAACAGAGCAGCCUAACAAAAGCGAGAGCUCCGAAAGGAGAAGUAGACUCUUUGCGCGUGAUAGAGGAACGCCUGGCAGUAAUAAAUCUAAGAAACACAGUCUGAGCGUCGAUUUGAAACCUUCGACCGAUUUGAAUAACACAGAGCCGAGAAAAGCUUUAGUCGAACAGCUAAGUCGAGUAUUACCAGAUGAUAGUUUACCAGAGGCUGUGUCGCUGGUAUCCAUAGCGGAUCCCGGUGGUGCGGUGCUUGCCACAAAACUUCAAGAAAGAAACCAUAAAGUUUUAACAACCGCUUCUCCGGCUGAUAUACGUGCAACAUUCACGUGUUUAGUCACGCGGAUACAAAAAUUUUGCAACAGCUCUGCCAAACCACCGGCACCUAUAAAAGUAGUUAUCGCUGGCGGAGAUAGUUUUAUAAACGCCGUUCUUCGUCAUUAUGUCGAUUUAUUGAGCUUCAGACCGCCAGAUUGGCAGAAUUAUAUGAAAUUCUUAGUGGUGCCGCUCGGUUCGAACACAUUAACGAGAUAUCUUAGUUCUAUCGACGCAAAGUAUUCCAAACUCUUCGGGGACGAAUGGAAGGAACUUUUAGAGAGAGAAGGCGGAGGAUCGAGCGAAGGCGCGGCACGAGUUUCGGAAUACCUAGCCACCGCAAAUACGGUUCUACUAUUACCCAUAGCAGAAGCCAUGGUUACAUACAGGGAAACAGACGAUAGUAGCCAAAUUUUUAUUCCCUUUAUAAAUGAUGUUCGCGUGGGUUGUCCAGAAAGCACUUCUUCCGCUUCUGUUGAUCUGGAAGAAAGUAAUGUUAGCAUGUCCGGUUCUCCACCUUCCUUACCACCUCCAAAUUUGCCGGUUCCAACUCCUGGAAAGUUGACACCACCUAGUAGUCCUAAUGUGGGCCAACCAGCAAGGGAAGGAUGGGAACCGGUGGAGUUGCAGAUAGAUUAUUGGAGUAAACAGACUCAAGGAGAAAAGGGAAAGAGCACGUUACGUCAAGCUUUUAGAUCGUUGCAUGUACAAAGACUUCCUUCACUAGGAGAAAUUCCAGGACAUCAUUUAUCUAUGAAUUUCACAACAAAAGAAAAAAAGCAAAAAAUAAUGAGAUUAGGCAAGAAGAAGGAAAAAGAAAAAGAAAAUGAACCAAAGAGUCAAUCGGUGGAUGGCAUGACACGUCUCAUAUGUUUUGUGAAAACUCACAACAUUCCAUUAAGAGUGAGUAUUGAUGGUACCGAAUGGUAUGGUGUAAAAUUCUUCCAACUAUCGGCGCAAUGGCAAACGCACAUCAAGACAUUUCCAAUAGCGUUAUUGGAAUAUAGUCAACAGCAAACCUCGUCUACUACGUAAAUCUAAAUUCCCGUUAUUACAAUUAUAAUUACAAUUAAGGCUUUUAGCGACUUACGUAUUUCGCAUCAUUAUUGAUAACAAUAAUGUUUGACUCAUUUUAUAUGCAAAUGAUAACCAUCCGAUAACCAUCAACUUCUUAAGACUGCCCAGUGAAAAAUAAACAGAUAUGAGAAUUUCGAUACUCAAAAUACUAAUAUUGCAUUCACUGUACUAUUUGAUAAUAGUAAGAAAAAUAUUUUAACAUUUGAGAUGAUAUCUCUAUAUCAUACAAAAAAUGUAGGUAAAAAUGUAUGUGUUGCAUAUAAUACACAUAUUAUAACACGUGUUUACAAAUAUACCAAAA